AUGCAUAUACUCAUCACCGGUGGUGCCGGUUUCAUCGGUCAAUUACUCGCCAAAGAGCUCCUUAACGACCCCACAUACCGCGUCACAUUGACCGAUAUCCACCAACCUCCGAUCCCCAACGGCGUCAAGUACCCACAAAACGCGACUGCAGUGAAGGCAGACCUCCUCACAGCAGCAAAGGAUGUGGUGGACUCUUCGAUUGAUGCAGUCUACGCUUUCCACGGAAUUAUGUCCUCGGGUUCCGAGGCUAAUUUCGAUUUGGGCAUGAGCGUCAACGUCGAUGCCACCCGCAAUCUACUGGAGGCAUUGCGACAUGCUUGUCCUGGUGUCAGAGUCAUCUACUCCUCCAGCCAAGCUGUCUAUGGUCAGCCGUUGCCAGAAGUGGUGACCGAUAAUGUCAUUCCAACACCAGAAUCCUCAUAUGGCGCGGAAAAAGUUGUCUGCGAAACACUGGUGAACGAGUAUACUCGUCGCAAGUUCAUCACAGGCUUCACUUUGCGCUUCCCCACUAUCUCCGUUCGCCCUGGUGCGCCGACGGCAGCCGCUUCGUCUUUCCUCUCUGGUAUGAUUCGUGAGCCUUUGGAUGGAAAGGAGUGUGUCAUUCCUAUUGAGGAUCGAUCGUUCAAGUCAUGGCUUUGCUCGCCUAAGACACUCGUGCACAACCUUCUUCUCACACUCCGUCUACCCGCAGACUCUGUGCCCCCGCAUAUCCGCCAGAUCAAUGUUCCUGGUAUCUGUGUGACUGUCCAAGGUAUGAUGGAUGCGUUGGAAGCUGUUGGUGGCAAGGAUAAACUGGCUCUGCUCACAGAGAAGGCAGACCCUGCUCUGAUUCCAAUUUUGAAGUCUUGGCCCACACAAUUUGACAAUUCUCAGGCCAUUUCUUUGGGCUUCAAGCGGGAUGUGUCAUUUGAACAGGCUGUGAGAGAAUACAAGGAGGCAUUGUAA